CACCCAGCCGGAUGUCAAGUACCUUUUGUUUGAGUCUUCUGGAGCGCGAGCCAUUACGACUCACUUUUUAGGCCGCCGAAGGCCUCACAAUGGAUCGCAAACGCGGUGGCAUUCACGGUCACGCCGCAGUCACUCGGCGAACAGACGCAGACAGACAGACAAAAAUACAGACUGUCUGGCGGACAAACGGUCUGGGCACGCCCCGAACCUGUGGCGCGUAACGUCUACAGCCAGUCAGCGUCGCCAGCGCGGCCCGCGCUCAAGGCGAGGCCGUUCAUUAGUGCGCUAACAAGCGGCUGGUGCAUGUGACUGAUCCUGGGAAACAGUGGCACGAAGGGACGCACACUUACAGUCUACUUUUGACGUCGCACACGGCGAGGCAGCUCAUUCAGCAGUGCUCUGUCGUCACGCGAGGAGGCAGUAAAAGUCGCUGGGUGUCAGAUUUGAACUCACGACGCGGCGAUGAUCGCCAUUCUGCUUUUCGCCUCGGGCGUCCUUCUAUCGUCGGCGACGCUGAUUGACUUUGUGGCGGUGGGCGAGCGGCGGUACUACUGCAGUGACCGACAGCGGUGGGUGGGCGACUGUGAGGACGAACCCCUCCGUCCCGGCGCCGACGGGUACGGCUACCGACGCGACGAGGGCGUCGGCGUCGGCAGGGGGUACUACACACUCCCGACCGACUACGACGCAGAGCUGGUCUGUGAUUUCGGCGCGGAUGGAGGCGUCAGCGACGAGGUCACGAACGUCGCCUGGUUGAGGGUGUCUGAGCCUGACGGCGGCCUCUGGAGCUCCCCGUCCCGUCUCGGUACCGGACGGACAGGCGGCCGGCGGGGUCGACGGCUCCGACGGGGCGUGUAUGACAGCCAGUACCGGCACAGCAACGUCGUCCGAACGCGCGGAGGGAGGUCCACCUACUACAUCCGUGACUUCACCGCCGCUGACUUCGGCACGUACCGGUGCUUCGGGACCGGCUCGGGCGACCGUGUCGUCUUCAUGGAGGUUGACUUCAGCCCGCACCGUCGGUCGGGCGGCAAGGUCACGGAUAUUGUGUUCACCGCCGAGAACGCGUUCUGAUUGCUACAUGAUCUGAUUGUUUGUGCCGCUGGCGUGAAAUACAUAGAAGGGGCAUAUUAUUAUUGUCGUACAUCUAACAAAUUGUUUGUGUAUUUUGUGUCGAUGUUAACAAUGGUGUUGUCGCUGAAUACUGAUAUGAAGAUCACACCACUGUUGUAAUUCAUUUAACCACAAUUUAACAUAUCGCUUUACUCGUAACGCGAUUUCAAUGCUUACUGAAUUCGGUGCCGAUAGAUACAUGUGAUUCUUACUGCUUACAACUGACACAAUAUGCACGGAAUAAAUGUGGAAAUGAAUAUUUAGCUAUACGGUUACUUAGUAUACUUUAUGUAAGUACAACUGAUGUUAUAAUUGCACACCGUUAUCCUACAUGUAUACUGUAUAGGGCCCAUGCGGAACAAUUUAUUGUGCAGUGACGUGACCUUUAUCUUUGUAUUCUGAUUAGUCACAGAGGCGCAACACCCAAGCUUGUUGGCAGUGAUCGCGUCUUGCAUGCGAUGUAGUGCAGUUGGUAUGGGUAGAACACGUGAAAGAUAGUGAUUCGUUGUAAUUAUUCGUACCCUUGCUUAUUGACGCAGGGAUUUGCAAUGUUCUCGGCACUUGACUGUGUCAUGAUGAUCAUUGAUCAAUUAUGUUAGAAUGCACCUUAAAUGCAAAUACUGUGUAAUGUUUGAGUGACUAAUUGGACGUGAUUACGUGAUACUAACCGUAACGUGACUAGCCGGAAGAGAGCCAUAUCGACCCAUACCCCUGUUCCGACGGGCGACGGCGUUUCACUUACACCGGCCCAAGACUGGCAUGUUGAAGUUGCCGGGGCAAAUCAGACUUGAGCCAAACCAAAUUGCUGGCUGGGGUAGGUACUCCACCGCAUGCUCAUUUUGUUUGUUGAUACUGACAAGAAUCUGCUGCGUAACGGUACUCAAAAUGAGAUGAUCUGAAUCAGAGGUAGUAGGGGCGCUGAACUGAAUAUGCCGAGUGUUCGCGAUUCAUAAAU